AUUUCUUAGACAUCUGUGUGGUGAUCUUAAAAAGAAUAUGCUAAUUUUGUAACACUAGGAAUCUAAACGUUUCUAAAGUCAAAUUUCAGGGGUUAAUUUGUUAUUAUCACUAUUAUAAAAGCUGAUUUUUAGAUUGAGAUUGAAAAACAAAACAUCAGACGCAUUUGAGUUGAUUGGUUAAAAGGAAAGACCGAAGAGACAGAGAUGCAUCGAGUGGUAGAAGAGGAAGAUGAGGAACGCAGUCGUCAAAGGAAGAUGGAAGAGGCUCUCGAAGUCAAAUCCCUCCGCCGGAUUAUUAGUGCCUAUCUCAACUAUCCAGAUGCUGCAGAAGAGGAUGUAAAAAGAUAUGAAAGAUCUUUCAAAAAGCUUCCACCUGCUCACAAGGCAUUAGUACCACACUAUGCUUUGAAGUUUCAAAGGCUAAGAAGGUGUAUUUCUAUGAAUUCGUACUUUAUAUACAACAUGCUCCAGGCAUUUGAACCUCCCUUGGAUAUGAGCCAAGACAUGGAUGGUUGUGAGGACUCACACCUUAACCAUGCCCCAAAUGAUCAUGUCUUCUCUAGUCAAGAGAAUUGCUGCUCGUGUCAUUCUGCCUCUGUUACUGGAAGAAAAUAUUGUUCCAAAUCUGAUGGAGCUUGUUGUGGACAAGAGAGCAACAUAAUAGGCAAGUCAUCGGAUGGGGUGACUACCAAUGAGGAGGUGCAAAUUGAAGGUUGCUGUGUGCCUGCUACAGAGAGCCAACAGGCAUGCUUGCAAAAUAAACAAACUACAGCUGACCAUGUCGAAAAUGAUUGUAGUGAUACCAAUGGAAAUGUCAUGUUGUCACACCAUGAUUGGCUGGAUCAAUCGCUUCGGCUGCAUGUUCCCUUGGUUGAUGUUGAUAAGGUCCGAUGUAUAAUAAGGAAUAUAGUAAGAGACUGGGCCGAUGAGGGACAGAAAGAGCGUGACGAGUGCUACAAGCCUAUUCUUGAUGAGCUUGAUUUGUUAUUUCCUAAUCGCAGUAAGGAGAGUCCUCCUACAUGUUUAGUUCCUGGCGCUGGUCUUGGACGGCUGGCCUUGGAGAUUUCAUGUUUGGGUUUUAUAAGUCAGGGAAAUGAAUUUUCCUACUAUAUGAUGAUAUGUUCAAGUUUUCUUCUUAAUCACACUCAGACUGCUGGAGAGUGGACUAUAUAUCCUUGGAUCCAUAGCAAUUGCAAUUUACUUUCUGACAGUGACCAACUUCGUCCUGUUUCAAUACCUGAUAUUCAUCCAGCAAGUGCAGGGAUCACUGAAGGUUUUUCUAUGUGUGGUGGUGACUUCAUUGAAGUAUACAGUGAUCCAAGUCAAGCAGGAGCUUGGGAUGCAGUUGUAACUUGUUUUUUUAUUGAUACGGCACACAAUAUUAUUGAAUACAUUGAAAUAAUUUCAAGGAUUUUAAAAGAUGGAGGAGUUUGGAUAAAUUUAGGCCCCCUACUCUAUCAUUUUGCAGAUAUGUAUGGGCAAGAUGAGAUGUCCAUUGAGUUGAGUUUAGAAGAUGUAAAGAGGGUUGCUUUGCAUUUUGGGUUUCAGGUGGAGAAGGAAAGCAGAAUUGAGACAACGUACACAACAAAUCCUCGGUCAAUGAUGCAAAACCGGUACUUUGCCGCAUUUUGGACAAUGAGAAAGAUGUCAAUGGCAAUAGAGAAGCAGUCUGCAUCAUAAUUACUCGCUCUUGUAUUACAUAAUACCUAAAAUAUGCGCAUAUAUUUCUUUGAUUAAGGUUUAGUUUGGAAAUUAUUCAUAUUUACUUGUAUGCUUUUAAUUUGUUUAUUCAUCAAACACUACAAAUAUUUCAAAUGAGCUGAAGAUUUAAAUUAUUAGA